GAUGGUUGUUGGCAUGCUAAUUCCCAAGGCCCAAAAAACGAGUAGGUUUAAGGGCCGAUAAUGUUGCAAUAGACAACUCGGUCGAAUGCCCAUCAAAGUAGCGUUUUUUUAGUUUUCCAAGUAGGAGUGUUAUUACCUUUCCUAGUAGGAGUUUAAUUAUGUUUUUCUUGUCAUCCAAGUUGGGUUUGGCUAUAAAUACAUCAACCAAUCUAAGGGUUAUCUAUCUCUUGUAAUCAAGUUUAGAUUAAUAUUUUCAUGGUUAUAAAAGUCUUGGAGAGUUAUUCCAAAGUUUAUGUGUUUUCUUGAUGUUAAUUCUAACUUGAGAUCGGAAGUCCAGUGGAAAGAAAAUACUGCCUAUAAACAUCAUUCACUUUUCAUGUAAAUAAUAAUCUAUCUAGCUUGUGUUUGUAGUUUUUUAUAUUCUUGCCCUUAUUGCAUAAUUUCAUGUAAUUGCACUUAUGAGUUCCAUAACUUGUUUUGAAGAUAUGUGAUGUGUGGUGAUAACCUUAGUCACAUAUUAUAAUCUCAAUUUUUUUCCAGCUUUUACAAUUCUUGCUGGUUGUUGACUUGGUGAUUUAUGUGAUUCUGAAUUGCAGGCACAUGUCACUCAACCAAGUCUUAUUGGUGCUGCAAUGAAGGAGAUGUGUAUUCAAGAAGACUUGAUAGUGGAACAGCUACAACUACCAAUUUGAAGUGAUAUACUCAAGACAUUCUCCCUGUCAUUCUCAGCCCAGACCCCAGGCUUAUCGUCGACAAUCAACACGACUCUCGGAUGGGACAAAACAAUAUCCAGCCCCUUUUGCUUCUCGACGGUGCAAUUUUCUCUAGAAUAAAUUGUCAAAUUGGGAUCUCCGAACAAUCCCGAGUCCUCGGGAUCCAAAAGCUUCACGACCCUCUUUGCAUACUCAACAGAGCCCAUGGUGUAGACAGACAAAUCGAACAUUUUGCAGGCCUCCUCCAAGAAAGACCGGACCCCCGGCCUAAGCUUCAGCAUCCAAGCACCAUCGUCGAGCAAGUACGAAUCUUCAUGGCUGGUGUUCUUGAACCAUUCCUUGUCUUGAAUGGUUAGUUUCGAACCCUUCACACAGUGGACCAGAGUAUGGUCCAAAUCAAGGACAAGAUGAAGCUUCUUGCCGCUCAGCAACCUCUCCAAGUCUCUGUCACGAACCCCGGCGGUAAUGGAGUCCCAAUCAGGGGAUUCCAUGUUUAGUGUUAUCGGAAUUAUUGGGAAGAUGAUAUAUUUGUGGCGGCAGGGUUUAAUUUCUUUCUUUUUUUUUUGUUGUAGAAGGUUGGUUUAUAAGGUUACUUAUAAAUAGUCCGUAAUAGGGUAAACUUGGUUUCCGAGUUUAAUUGGGAAUGCAUAUUUAGGAAAGUAAUAUUUCUUGCAACAAAGGCUGAGUAAUGAUCCACGUGUAAUGAAUGAUAUGGAUACUGCAUUUUGAGUUGCCGCGUAUUUUUUUUUUUCUGAAAAAAAAAUAUGAUAAUAAUAAUACAUACGAAUU